AUGAUACACGCUGCAAGCAACCCUACAGAAACCUCUGCUAGAUACGAUGGCUACAAUACGGGCAUGAAAGACUUGGGUCGACCCGAUCUGAAAGAGAAGUCAGCUCAGCCCAGCUUCAACAUCGUCGAGACCCCUAUGCGAUCUGCAACAACAUUUUUUGUUCCGCCGCAGCAACAGCGCGACCGAAGAUGGUGGCAAAGAAUCGGCCGCCCUGGAAUACUUAUCCUUACCGUUGGUACGGGUGCCAUUCUCUUUUGUACCGCACUCCUUGUCUUUCUCUGGGACGGCGCCGAAAGAGCAAGGAGCGGCCAUCAUCGGGCUCAAUUUUGGGACGACAUCGUUUUUGGUGGCUGGACAACACAGCUUGUUACUAUCUGUUCUGCUGGCAUUCGAGUGUCGAUAGGUUUUCAGAUUGGUCUUGCUGCUGCAGCAAUGGCAGCUGUUAUCCUCGAGACCUCAGGUAGUCGUUUCUGCGAUACGGCGAUGCUAUCUAUCCAGAGAGCGUCGAGCUCCAGCGCCGGCCCGUUGGAUCUUCUUCCUACAGCUUGGCGACACUGUCUUGCAGGGCGCAUCUCCGGAUUUCUUUAUCUCCCUGUCCUUGCCUUAACGGUCGCUAUCGCGUUGAUCUCAAUUCUCACUUCGACUAUACUUCUCUUCGACCUCGAUGAAGGCCAGAUCUCGGCUCCUAUUACAACCUCUAUCAAAGCUAUUGGUUUUGACACCGCAGAUAGCUCUCCUUAUAGCAGUAUCGCUUAUUGGAGAUCUAGACCUCUAGCUCAUUGGCGGUUUGCUGAGCAUCGUCCUGCUGAGAUGAAGACACCACUUCGCACAGACAACGCUGCGGAUACAGGAGAUAUCUACCGGGCCAUACUUCCAUAUGAUAAAGCAUCAGACAGAACCACUCUCGAGUAUUAUCACGGUCCUUCUGUCGUUAUCAACCAGCGAACUGCUUGUUUCCCACCAACCUUCAUCAAUGCUUCAAUUCAAUGGGACGCGGGUGAGAGGAAAGGGGUCAGUGGUUUAUAUCUCAAUGCAACAUUUGUAGUCGAGAACCAGACUGACUUCCUUGGCAAAGAACUGAGCAAACCUGUACAGAUAUACUGCAGAUUACACAACCUGUGGAAUAGCACACAAACAGCCGUGCAAUCGCCAACGGCUCUAUGCAAUGAGUUUGCGAUGGUGGAGGUGUCCUCGAAAAAUGUCACGAUGAAUCCGCUAUCUGGUUGGUCGUAUGGCUUCAGACAUGUUACCCUUGUGACCUCUGGCGAAGUGCUGAAUGGGCGUGCCGAGACAGGCAUGGGUGCUGCGAUCCCCCCUGACCUUCAAAAGCAGUUGGACAACCUGACAUAUCGGACAGACGGGCCUUGGACAUUGGCUUACACAGCUGAUGGGGCUGAAGUGUUAAACACCACCGUGUGCUACGUCAGCCAGAACCUACCUCAUAAGUUCAAUGUCACUAUGACGGGGAAAGCUAUCUCUUCGGAGCCUAGGUUUUUGACAGAAUUGUCAAGCCUUACCCUUCUAAGGAACGAGACAGGUGUUCUCAGACAACUUGGCGUUGGCAUCUCUCCGGACAAUUCGACGGGUCGCGGUACCUUGGAUCUCGAAGUCCACUCAGGGCCAGGCCUUUGGAUGGAGCUGGAUGGAAAAGCAUCCAUACAGUCUGCGUACUUCGAGCUUUGGGUCACACUGGUUGAAUACUCCACUCUCGGUGGCUGGAGCCUUGCAGGCGAAUUUGAUGAUACGUAUAAUGACAUUACCACUACGGUCAUUUGGGCGACACACCCAGAGCAUGCAGCUAUGUUCCAGAGAAUCUUCCAUGAGACAAGGAACCCAGCCCAAGCCUUGCAAGCAAUUAUGUUCCGCGUUUAUCAAAUGUUGUACUAUGACUGGCUCCCUGUCUUUGAACCUACACACGAGGUCACAACGAUCAACGCCCAGAAUCGCGUCGUUCCGCAGCAAUGGACUGGUCUCAUUGUUACCAUAGCCAUCAUUGGUAUGCACUUUGUACUGACGGCUCUCACCUUGGUACUCUUCGCAAAGCGCACUGAAUCUUCCCUCUUGGGUAACGCUUGGCAGGCAGUUUCGCAGCUGGUAUCUUCCGAGACGCAGGACAUAAUUCGAGCAGCUGGCAGCGAAGGCAUGAAAGAUAGACAGGUCGAGGUAUUGGCGAAGUCAGCGGGCAGAGACAAAGAGGCAUAUGCUUUGGCAAGUAGUGUUGAUAAUGGUAGGACUGAGUUGCGUGUGCGUUAG